AAUUGAUGACGCCGUUUGUUGACAUGACGUCAGACUGUGCGACAAAUGUAGUCUUAAUGCAAUAACGGAAGUUCUAAAGCAGGAGAUAGUUGGCACCUACAUACUAUAGAUAACUAUUUAAUUUGUUUAUUAAGUUUUUUUUUAACCUCGAAAAUAUUAACUUGUCGAAAUCUAAUAUGACUAUUUAGAGUUUGCCUUUCAGUACGUCGUUCUAUUAGCCUAGCUUAGCUUUGCAGCUAGACAACAUUGCUCAACUCAGAUGUGUCAUACACAAGGAAGGAGCUAGUACCACAGACACCAUGGAGUCAGAGUGAUAUUUUGUGUUUGUGUGUUAUUGUAAUAAUCUGUCGCUGGUUAAAUAGGUUUUGUACGCAAGUGGGACUGCCUCCGAAGCGUUCACAACAUGUUAAACAUUCCGACCCAGUGCUUCCCGGCACCGAGCUCCCAGCAGCGGGUCUCUCCGUCCGGCCAGUCCGGGAGGAACAAGGUGGCGCUGAAGCCUGGCCACAGUCUCAUGGACUGGAUUCGGUUUUCCAAGAGUGGAAAAGAUCUGACUGGUCUCGGGGGGCGCCUGAUUGAAGUUACCCAGGAAGAACUGCAGAAACACAACAGGAGAGAGGACUGCUGGACCUGCAUACGAGGUAUGGUUUACAAUGUGACCCCCUACAUGGACUACCACCCUGGUGGAGAAGAGGAGCUGAUGAAGGCAGCAGGAAUAGAUGGAACUGAACUCUUUGACCAGGUCCAUCGCUGGGUGAACUAUGAGUCCAUGCUGAAGGAGUGCCUGGUGGGCAGAUUGACCCCCAAGGCCACCACAGCUGUUAAAGCAGUCAUCCCUCCCCCACCUGUGACUGGCCUCACUUCACCAACUGCAGUGCCGCCCCCCCCAGGCAAAGACUCUCGGCCUCGGUAUGACUGGUUCCAAACUGAGGCGACCGUUCAUCUGGUUGUUUAUACCAAAAGAAAGUUACCCAGCUCAGGGUGCGCCACUGUUGAUCUAGAGGCAGGCGUUCUCCGAGUGGAGGUGCUGCUGGGGAAGAUGUCCUACAUGAUUCAUUUACGUCUCGCUGAUGAAGUUGAGGAAAAUGUUGCAGUUCACACUGCUUUCUCAGUGGGAAAGAUCCAGGUCAGCAUACGCAAAGGUACUAAAGGAAAAUGGGUGAACCUUGGCCAGCCACUUGAAUCCCAUAAUACAUUUCUACGCAAAAAAGACAGAGCUGUCUUCUAUCGGGAUUGUGUGCUGGUGUCUAAGACUGAGGUGAACCACAACACUUAUUUAUUCAGACUGCAGUUCCCACGUGGGACUGUGAUGCAUGUGCCUGUUGGAAAACACGUCUAUCUCAAAGCGCUCAUUCAAGAUGGAGAAAUAGUGAGGCCAUACACUCCAGUGGAGCACAAUCUUGCAGCAGCUUCCCAGGACUCAGACCUCUACCUCAUGAUCAAAGUCUACCCUGAUGGAGUGUUCACCCCACAUCUCAGCAGCCUAAAUGUUGGUGAGCAUAUGGCUGUAAGUGGUCCAGAGGGUACUUUCAGCCUCCAUCCCCUUCGUGAUGUCACGAACCUCUACUUAAUAGCUGCAGGCACAGGGUUCACGCCCAUGGCUCGCCUUAUUCGUGUGGCCCUUGAAGACAUUGAAACCAUCAGGAAAACAAAGCUGCUCUUUUUUAACCGGUGGGAAGAGGACAUCCUGUGGCGCUGUGGACUGGAUGAACUGGCUGCUAAUAAUGACAGGUUUCAGGUGGAAUAUGUCCUCUCUGAGCCCAGUGAGAGCUGGACUGGCCGGAAAGGUCAGGUGGAUGGGUCCAUGCUCAAUGAAUUCCUUGCCAGGUCUGAUGGGUCCAAAUGCUACGUGUGUGUCUGUGGCCCUACGGCCUUCACAGAGCUAACAGUAGGGCUGUUGAAGCAUCAGGGCUUCAGUGAAGAGGAGCUCCACACCUUCCAGGGUUGACAAGCUUUGCCUCGAUCCAGCUCCACCAUGCGGUGACUGUGUGUACCAGUGAGAGUCGACUGUAAUGUGUGAACUUUGUAUUUCUAUGCAUCGAGGACUUGAUGAUGCUGAUGGCUUUGAGGGGCUCCAAGGAACAGAACACAGUCACAGUGCUGUGAUUGUGGACAGCAAGCUCAGUGGAAAUGAUGAGUUGUAAAGAUUAGUUUAAAAAAGGAUACAUGUGCAGCAUGUAAGAGGAGCGAGUCUGGAAAUAAACGGUUCUCAUAUAGCA